CCAGCGCUGUGAAGAACCUCUUUUUAUCUCCAUGUUGGUUUGGUUGACGUAUUGAAGUUAAACCAUCUUCUCGCAAUGCUAGUUUUAUUGUGAAGGUCCUCGGCGGAAGUCUCAGGUGUCACUGCGUACAUAAACUCGGGACUCUUUAUUUUCAGCAGAGAGAGCACUCCCUUCCUGGCAUCACUCACCUGCAGCCUCAGACUCCUCCGAAGACUCCAAAACUUUCCAAAACCUCUACCGGACCUUCCAGGCCGUCCCCUUCCAGGCUCCAGGACCCAGCAUCAUGUCGGGCAUCGCGUCUUCGCUGCAGCACCGCCGGGACAAGGACCGGGGCAUCGGCACCAACAGCCAGGCGGUGAAGUACCUGAACCAGGACUUCGAGAGUCUGCGGCAGAGCUGCUUCGAGUCCGGCCGUCUGUUCCAGGACGAGGCGUUUCCGGCUCUGCCCUCCUCCCUGGGCUUCAAGGACCUCGGCCCCAAUUCAUACAAGGUCCGGGGGGUGACCUGGCAGAGACCCACGGAGUUGACCAGAAACCCUGAGUUCAUCAUCUCCGGAGCCUCGAGGACCGACAUCUGUCAGGGAGCUCUGGGUGACUGCUGGCUGCUCGCUGCCAUCGCCUCACUCACCCUGAAUGAGGAGGUUCUGGCUCGAGUCGUCCCACAUGACCAGAGCUUCAGAGACGGAGAGUACUGCGGAAUCUUCCACUUUGAGUUCUGGCAGUUUGGUGAGUGGAUGGACGUGGUGAUCGAUGACCGUCUGCCCACUAAAGAUGACGAGCUAUUGUUCGUCCACUCUGCUGAGGGGAGGGAGUUCUGGAGCGCCCUGCUGGAGAAAGCCUACGCCAAGUUGACCGGGUCUUACGAGGCGCUGUCUGGUGGAUCGACCACCGAGGGUUUCGAGGAUUUCACGGGGGGGAUCGCUGAAGCCCACGACCUGAACCGGCCCAGUCCACACCUGUUCCACAUCAUCCAGAAGGCCCAGAAGCGCGGCUCCCUGAUGGGCUGCUCCAUAGACAUUACGAGCUCGGCUGACUCGGAGGCGGUCACUGGUCAGAAGCUGGUGAAAGGCCACGCCUACUCUGUGACAGGAGCAGAUCAGGUAGAGUACCGUGGAAACAUGGAGAAGCUGAUCCGGAUCAGGAACCCCUGGGGUCAGGUGGAGUGGACCGGAGCGUGGAGUGACAACUCGUCAGAGUGGCGUUACAUCAGCGAUGAGGACCGCGAGCGUCUGAGUCACCGCUCAGAGGACGGAGAGUUCUGGAUGUCCUUCUCUGACUUCCUGCGUCAUUACUCUCGGCUGGAGAUCUGUAACCUGACACCUGACGCCCUGAGCGAUGAGUCCAUCUCCAAGUGGUCUCUGAACAAGUUCGACGGCACCUGGAGGAGAGGGUCCACUGCGGGGGGCUGCAGGAACUUCCCCAACUCGUUCUGGACCAACCCUCAGUUUGUCAUCAAGCUGGACGAGGAGGACGACGACCCCGAUGACGGCGAGUCCGGUUGCAGCUUCGUGGUCGGUCUGAUCCAGAAGAACCGCAGACGCAUGAGGAAGUUGGGCGAGGACAUGCACACGGUGGGAUUCGCCAUCUACGAGGUUCCUGACGAGUUCUGUGGUCAGAGGAACGUCCACCUGAACAGGAACUUCUUCCUGAGGAAAGCGUCUAAAGCUCGCUCUGAGACCUUCAUCAACCUGCGAGAAGUCUGCAGCCGCUUCGUCCUGCCGCCGGGAGAGUACCUGAUCGUCCCGUCCACCUUCGAGCCCAACAAGAAUGGAGACUUCUGUGUCCGAGUGUUCUCCGAGAAGCAGGCCGAGUUUCAAGAGCUGGACGACCCCAUCGAGUCCCGAGUGGAGAAGAUCGAGGUCGAUGAGGACGACGUGGACGAUCGAUUCAGAGGACUGUUCAGUCAGCUGGCAGGAGGGGACUGUGAGAUCUCGGCCUUCGAGCUGCAGAGGAUCCUCAACAAAGUGGUGACCAAACGUUCGGACAUCAAGACGAGCGGCUUCAGCCUCACAACGUGUCGCAACAUGGUCAACCUUCUGGACAAAGACGGCUCUGGUAAACUGGGUCUGCUGGAGUUCAAAGUGCUGUGGACCAAGAUCGAGAAGUUUCUGACGAUCUACAGGGAGAAGGACGUGGAUAAUUCCGGGACAAUGAGCUGCGUAGAGAUGAGGAUUGCUGUGGAGGAAGCAGGGUUCAGCCUGAAUAACUCUCUCCAUCAGAUCCUGGUCGCUCGUUACAGUGAACCUGAACUCACCAUCGACUUCGACAACUUCGUCGGGUGUUUGUUUCGUCUGGAGACCAUGUUCAACACGUUUGAAACUCUGGAUAAAGAUAAGUCAGGAUCCAUGGAGUUAAACUUCACAGAGUGGCUGAACCUGUCUAUGCUCUGAUCCGGAUCCCGGUCCUGCAGAGUCUGCUCAGCUCAGAUCUCGCUGGUUUGGAGACGGGAGUUUGGUGUGUGCCUUUUAAUGAUCAGGGAGUCACAGACUGAAUGUUUAACAGAUGUUUGUUUGUUUGUUUGAUAUUAAACAUCACCUGUAAGAAUCAUAUUUUAAUCCUUAAAGACUUAUAAUAAAGACAUGAAUCAAUCAA